AUGGGGAACAUAAGCGGUCUCAACGUGGCCGACGUCAUGGGAGGCAAGAAGGAGCCCACGGAGACUCAGAAGAGAGCCGGGCGCCCGAGCACCAUGGGAGAUCAGCUAGGAGACACUCAACAGCAGUGGACGUGCGCCGCCACGGGGACGGCAGUUCCUCAGGGUCUGACCAGGACGGAGAGAGCCGGGGCCGCCUUGACGGGCGCCACGAUCUUCUGGCCCUCCAAGCUCGCGGACGAGUUCGGUCGGAUCAUGAUCAACCGCCGCUUCUGGCCGACGAACCGGAGCCGACGCGUGAGAGUGAUUCCCGCUCAGUACAGCCAUUACCGACACAUGCCAAUCAAUGCCGAGCGCGGCAGCAAUGGACAUGGGCGCCGGUGGGUCUGCGGCCUGCGUGCCGCGCGCGUUGCCUACCAAGAGAUCAUGCCAGACACGUCCAACCCGAAGAGAAAGCUGAC